UUGCGGCUGCGCUCCGAGAGAAAAACGAGAUUCGAUCGAAAAUUAGUUCAAGUUUUUGUGCGGAGCCCUUCCUAGAGCAAAUAUAUCUUAGCAUAAAGUCCCUUGUUACUCGUUGGUAAUGUUAUCCUGUCGGUUUCGCGAAGCGAUUUAGUGUAGCCCGCGGACAAAGGCGGAACGUGUUUGUUGCGAAGUGAAAGUUGCCUGCUGGUGGUACGUGUGUGCGAAUCUUCCCUGGCUUGCGGUUAUUGUGCAAAAUAAUGAUUGCAAAAUCCCUGCUUCCCAGCAGUUAGCCAAGAGUGUUCGCGUUAUAGUGUAAUUUACGUACACCGUGAGGCACGAUUGCGUGUUAGCCUCGAAGGAAAUGAUUGUCGCCAGCAGCAGCAGCUAAGCAAAAAAGAGUAACCGCCACAGGAAGUGAUGAUUGUGUCUACUUGGAUCGUUAAUUGAAUAGCAACCUCCCGGUUCACAAUCGUGAUGACUUCCCAGGGAGGAGGAACAGGCGCAACCGCCUCGCCUACUGCGGUGGCGAUAGGGAUCGAUUUCGGGACGAGCUACUCGAGCGUGGGCAUCUACCGGAAUGGCAAGUUCGAAAUCGUGGCCAAUGAAGCGGGCAACCACCGGAUCCCGUCCGUCGUUGCCUUCACCGAUAAGGCACGGCUGGUUGGCGAGGAAGCCCUAGCGCAGGCCGACAUCGAUCCCGCCAACUGUGUGCUGGAGGUGAAACGUGUGCUGGGCCACUACAAUCCACUGCAAGGCAGCAAACCGCCGUCCGAGCGCCGUCUGGUGCAGGUACAGUUCAAAGGCGAAACGAAGUGCUAUCAUCCGGAAGAAAUAUGCGGCAUCAUACUGGCCCAUCUGCGUUCGAUGGCCGUACGGCAGCUUGGAUCGGGUUAUGUUGUGUCCGGGGCGGUGAUUGCCGUGCCGGCACAGUUCUCCGACGGUCAGCGACAGGCCGUACUCGAUGCGGCCACCAUUGCCGGGUUGACGGUGCUGCGGUUGAUUAACGAACCGACGGCGGCCGCUCUGUCCUUCGGCAUUAACAAGCAAGUGAUCGGGGAACAGUGUGUGCUGGUGUGCUCGUUCGGUGGCGGUUUUCUCGACGUGUCCAUCCUGACCAUCUACAAUGGGGUGUUCCAGGUGAAGGCCAGCUCGGGCGAUACGCAUCUCGGAGGGGUGGACAUCGAUAAUCGGUUAGUGGAGCAUCUGGUGAAGCAGUUGGCGGAUGGUGCGAACGCGAAUGUCAGCGAGGAUCGCAUUGCGAUGCGAAAGAUUCGUAAAGUGUGUGAGCAAGCCAAGCGCACCCUUUCCUACACGAGCCAAGUUUCGAUCGACCUGGAUCAGCUCGGUGCCAGCGGUGGCCAUCGGUUUAGCACGACCCUGACUAAGGACUUGCUGUACGAACUGUGCAAGGAUCUGUUCGAACGAGUGCUGCUACACGUCGAGACGGCAUUGCGGCGAGCACGUAAGGAUCGGUUUGCGGUACACGAGAUCAUGCUGGUCGGCGAAUCGUCGCGCAUACCGCGCGUGCAGAUCAUGCUGAGUGAGUUCUUCGAUCGCCGUUCGCUCGCCAGCUCGGUCAACUCGGAUGAAGCGGUCGUGGUGGGGACGGCCAUUGCGGCCGCCAUACUGAGCGGUGAUAAAUCGAGCGCCAUCCAGGAUGUGCUGUGGUGGGAUUUGGUACCCCGAUCGAUUGGAUUGAUCGGUGAGAAUGAGGGCGAACCACCGCGAAUACUCAUCAGUCGCAACUCCACCCUGCCACUGAAGGUACGGCAUCGGGUGAAAAACUACCGUGCCGUGCAGCGGCUGUACGAGGGAGAGAGUGCCAUCGUAGAGGAUAACGUUACGCUCGGUCAGCUGCGGCUCGAGGGUAGCUUCGGUGACAUCGAGGACGUCGGGUUAUCGUUCAGCGUGGAUCUGAACGGUGUGCUGCACGUGAUGGUUGAGGGCAACAUCGAGCUGAAAGCAACACUGGACAAGGGCCGGCUCGAGCGGUACGAAAUCGAUCGAAUCGUGUAUGAGCACAAGCGGUUGCUUCUCGAAAUGGAACGGGACGAACAGGAGCAGCAAGAACUCAGGAAACAACAACAUCAACAGCAGCACGAGGAAGAGAACAUCUCGAAGACACCUCCUUCACUUGUGGGCAGCGAUGAGACGGCGCUGGUUGGCACCUGGGAUCGGUUCAGCGAGUGGUUACACUGCAUCUGCAUCGUUACGUUCGAUCUAGAGCUUGGUCAAGCGAUGGAACUCAUCUACCCCAAGCAUGUCACGCUGACGGAGCAGGAAAAGAUGAACAUUUGCUAUCUUGCCUUCCCUGAUUCGAACUCGGGCUGCAUGGGUGACUCUCAGUUCCACAUCCGGUUGCGCGUUUCGUCCGGCUCGGAAAACUCCACCUUGCCCCGUGGCCUCCAGGAGUUCAACUGCCACUGUAUGCCGGUGCACCGCGCCGAUCCUGGGCAUUUCUGGGGUUUCGUGUACUUCCGCCAGAUCAAGGAUAGCACCCUGAAGCGCGGUUACUUCCAGAAGAGUGUUGUCCUGCUUUCGCGGCUUCCAUUCGUGAAUCUGUUCUACGAACUGAGUGCGGUCGUUGCACCGGCCUACUUCGAGGCGGGCGAACCAACACUUGAGUCGGUUUGUGAUAGUAUCUGCCGCUGGCCGUCGUUGCUGAGCGACGAAAUGCUGCCACUGCAAUUGCUAGGUAACGUUUACGAGGUGACGAUACCGAAGCAAACUGGCAAAUAUGCCAUCGUACCGGAUACGCUGACAAGCUCAAGCGGUGGAGGCCGGGCAGGCAGCGGAACGACACACCGUGUCAUCGGGUCGGUGCACGAGAUUGACAUAUUUAGGAGCCUGCAGCUGUUUCUACCCCACAUCCAUCUGCUCUGGGAGCUGGUGCUGACCGGGGAACCCAUCAUCGUGACCGGUACCUCACCGACCGACUGCGCCCAUAUGGUCCAAUCGCUGACCAGCUUGAUUAGCCCACUCGCCUACUGCGCCGAAAGCCGUCCCUACUUUACGAUUCACGAUACGGAGUUUAAAGAGUUCACGCAAAGCAAAAACGGCCAUCCAUCGAUCAUACUCGGCGUGACGAAUCCAUUUUUCGCUAAAACGCUACAACACUGGCCUCACACGAUACGCCUGCAGGAUAGUACCGAAGCACAGCUACAGCGGCAACAACAACAGCAGCAAAAACAGCAGCAACAUCACCAGCAGUCGCAAGCAACGACGGCAGCAGCGGCUUCCAAGGGCGGAAAUAGCAACAUACCAUCAGUGCCGUACGGUGGCGAUGGUUCCGCCACGCUGUCCCGUCUUUCCAAGAUCAAGCAGAUAACACACAAGCUGCUAGACUCGUCGCCCGGCCUGUACACCCAGUACAAACCGUUCGUCCAGAAGGACAAAGCCUUCAUCAAGAAGAUACUGCUCGGGCUGAAGACGGAGCGUCCCGUUUCCGUCCAGUCGGCCCUUCUCCGGCGCCAUCUACUCGAGCUUACGCAAAGCUUCAUGAUACCGCUCGAGCGGUAUAUGGCUUCGCUGAUGCCACUGCAAAAGGAUAUUUCGCCGUUCCGGUCUGCACCUCAACCGAACCCCUUCCGGCAGGAGGAUUUCCUGGCCACGCUGGACGAGUGCGGACCACAGCUAACGUCUACCUGCCGCGGUGACUGGGAGGGACUGUACCGGCGGUUUUUCAGCUCGCCCAACUUCAAGGGCUGGUACGAGGCGCGCUACUUCGAACUCGAGCAGACGCUCCAGGUGCUGCACAUGCAGACGCUCUCCGAGGCUAACCUGGCCGAGUGGGCCAAGGGUAAGCUGGAGGUGGAGAUUGUCGACAUGAUACUCCGCUUGCGCCACAAGCUGACUCUCUGCAGUGGCGGUAGCGGUGCUGGUGGUACCAGCAACCACAUAGCAGCUCUACCGGUCCAGCUGAACGCAAAGGAAACUCGGGCACAGCUGCUGCGCCACAUGGAGAACAUGAAGAAAAGUCUUCCGGACGAUUUGAAGCAAAUUCUGGGCGAUGCGUGAUGAUGGUGGUUAUGCAAUGGUGCCGAUUGAGGUUACGGUUUACGGUUUACGAGUGUGUGCGUGGCUCACGAAUGUGAUGUCAUAGUGAUGGCAUAGAGGCUGCUGAGAAUAAAAGGCAAAACAAUUAUUCCCCCCUUCCUGGCAAAGAUUGCUGGGUUUUUAACCAUAAUUCAUGACCGUCCUUUCGCUCUCCGAACAUGAUGACAGCAC